AUGGGUCGUGGCUGGGUCUUCCAGCAUGACAGCAACCCGAAACCCACUGCCCGGGCAACUAAGGAGUGGCUCAACCCCCGGAGAACUCCGCCAGACCCCCGCCAGACCCCCCAGACCCCCACCCCCGCAGACCCCGCGAGGCCCAGGACCCCCGCCCAGACCCCCCCCGAACUCCGCCAGACCUCCCGCAGCCCCGACCUCCGCCAGACCUCCCCGGCCCGAACCCCAGACCUCCGCCAGACCUCCGCCAGACCCCCGCCAGACCUCCGCCAGACCCCCGCCAGACCCCCGCCAGACCUCCGCCAGACCCCCGCCAGAACCCGGAUGUUCCAGCUCCGAGACAUGCUGCACCGCGACCCAUGCAACAGUGAUCUGGAUCGAUGCAUCACGAUGAAACAGAAACAGAAAAGUCCUGAGAUCCUCCGUGACGGUUCUCGUCCCCGAUUGGUCCGCCGGGUCUCCACCAACAGUCGGGAGCGUUGGCGGCAGCAGAACGUUAACGGAGCGUUCACCGAGCUGCGGAGUCUCAUUCCCACGCACCCCCCCGACAGGAAGCUCAGCAAGAACGAGAUCCUGCGUCUCGCUCUCCGGUACAUCAGCUUCCUGGACCAGGUGCUGACGGACCAGGUGCUGACGAGCAGGUGCUGACGGACCAGGACCGGGCGGCGCCCCGGUGCCGAGCGGGUAGCGUGGACCAGGAAGACGCGUCACAGGGAACGAUGUCGCCAAACUCUAGCUGUGAGAGUUCAGCGGACGGAGACUCGGACUGUGGAGGGCUUCUGCAGUUCCUCCACCUGGCGAGCAGCUACAGCUGAUCAGACGGAUCCAGCAGAGACCGGCAGGACGGGUCCGCCAUAUUGGCUCUGACAGGGGGCACAUCACAGAAACUUCCCCGUCUUUUCCCAAUUUGGUAUUACAGAAGCUUUACUUCAUCCUGUCUUAUCGCAGGGUAGAAAAUCCUAAAAACCGACAUUGGUCUGGCUGGAAGGGAUGCAGAUCCUCGCACAAUCUAGGGUCAUAUAAUAAUAUAAUGUUAAUACUUUCACUAGGGCUGCCACCUCUUAGUCUCCU